CCUCUUCCGUCGUGGUGUCUGGCACCCCAAUCCGCAGGCCCAUGGGACAGAUGAGACCCGAUGACUCUAAGCCGCCCAUGUUUGGUGCCUCCAAACUUUUGGACGUAGAGUUAGAAAUGGCUUUCUUUGUGGGCCCCGGAAACAAAUUCGGAGAGCCGAUCCCUAUUUCCAAGGCCCCUGAGCACAUUUUUGGGAUGGUCCUCAUGAACGACUGGAGUGCUCGAGACACACAGAAGUGGGAGUACGUCCCUCUUGGGCCGUUCCUCGGGAAGAGUUUUGGGACCACCAUCUCUCCGUGGGUGGUGCCCAUGGAUGCCCUCAUGCCCUUUGUGGUACCCAACCCGGAGCAGUGGACAAUGCUGCAGCAGCUCACUCACCACUCUGUCAAUGGCUGCAACCUGCGGCCCAGGGACCUCUUGGCUUCUGGAACCAUCAGCGGGCCGGAGCCAGAAAGCUUUGGCUCCAUGUUGGAGCUGUCAUGGAGGGGGACGAAGGCCAUUGACCUGGGGAGCGGACAGAGCAGGAAGUUCCUGCUGGACGGGGAUGAAGUCAUCAUAACAGGAUACUGCCAGGGAGACGGUUACCGCGUCGGCUUUGGCCAGUGUGCCGGGAAAGUGCUGCCUGCCCUCUCACCAGCGUGACAUUGUCUCUGCUCUCCUGGGAACAGGGGGCUGGGCCCCCACCCGCCCCUGGGGACCAGGGAACCCCUCUGUGGCUGUAGGCCGGUCUUCCGACUAUAAUAAAUAAAGCCCUGUGGUCUGUCUCCACUUUUGGAGC